GCCUUAAUUAGCUCCCCUGAAGACUGGCAUCGUUGGUUGCUGCUCUGGCCAGCCUUGCCACCCCCUCCUGCCCUCUUCACCGAUCACAGAGUCCCACACCCAGCUCAGAGCUUGUCCUGAGAUACGUAGAUGAAUGAGGGAGUCAGGGCACGAGGAGGGGGUUCUGGAAGGUGGGUUCUAGAAGGCUGGGGGCCAGAGGGUAGAGGAGCUGGUCUAUGGCCGGGCUGUGGCCAUGCCUGGUGCAUAGGGCACGGCCUUCUCUGGGCUUUAGGCUGCAGGAAACAAACCCUGUCCCACUCUGGAGGACAGGUCAGAAAUGAGGAAGCUAUCUCGUGUGAUUGCCUGACGCCUCCUGCAAAAAGGGGGACCAAGAGUCUGGAGAGAUGCCACUGGAAGACAGCUCCCCAGCCCCAGGACGGGGACAAGUUCUGGCGGAUGCCCGAGUGCUACAUCCGCGGCAGCACCAUCAAGUACCUGCGCAUACCUGACGAGAUCAUCGACAUGGUCAAGGAGGAGGUGGUGGCCAAGGGCCGGGGCCGCGGCGGCCUGCAGCAGCAGAAGCAGCAGAAGGGCCGAGGCAUGGGGGGCGCCGGGCGAGGUGUGUUUGGUGGCCGGGGCCGAGGUGGCAUCCCAGGCACAGGCAGAGGUCAGCCAGAAAAGAAGCCGGGCAGACAGGCGGCCAAACAGUGAGCGUCCCCUGGUCCCCCAGAGACUUGAGCUGCCACUGAGCAUCUGCCACCGCUCCCGGAGGCCGUGCUGCUGCUCCGGACUCACGCGUGUGUCCAGAACAAAAAGAAGAGGCAGGUGGUGGGGAAGAACCCCCUUCCCUCCCCGCCUGUCGUUCUGUGAUCCUUUUUGCGUAAGCCCCCCACCCCCGCCCCUUUUAUUUUUUAAAGCCGGCAGUUCUACAGUUGGAUAUGUUAUUGGUGUUUUGGGUUUUGUGAAGCCGCAGCCAACUUGAUUCCUGGAAGAUUCUGUUUUAAUAUGUCUUUAAAGCCCUCGCUCUUGCUUAGAGGGCUGGCGCUUUCCAAACAAGCUUGUUUUGCAUUUUGAGUCGGAUCCUCCUGUGGUGAACAGACCGGAGGUUUUUAUUUUAAGCUGUUUGCACUGACAUGGACAGCCUCGGGAGUUCCUGAAACCCGGACCUCAGAACUGCCUUUUGAAAACAAAUACGGAGGAACGUAGGCCACAGAAGCUGUUCCUGGGGCGUUGCUGGGCCCUGCCCCUUUGCCUCCUCUCUCCCCGUUUGUGUUACAAAAAUAAAAACAAAUACAACCACCAA